AUGUGUUGCCUAGCUAGAUUGUAUGAUUAUUAUGGUCUUGUUGAAGUGCUUUGUAGGAAAAGAAAUUUGGGUAGAGCGUUGGAGGUGGUGGAUGAGCUGUGGAGGACAAGAAAUGUUCCGAGCUUAUUGAUUGCUCGUAACACUUUGGUUGAGGGUUUGAGGAGGUCAGCGAGGAUCGAUGAACCUUUAGAAGUGAUGGAAAGGAUGCUUGAAGAGGGUAUGAUUCCAGAUAUUGUGAUUUUUAAUUGCCUCCUUCAAGAUCUUUGCAAUUUGGGGAGAACUGAGGAAGCUGAUAACCUUAGGUUGUUGUCUUUGAGUAAAGGCUUGGAGCUAGACGGCAUGGCUUAUUUUGGUGGUUGGGUAUUCAAGAGAAGGGAAAAAGAAUCGGUGAAAGUGGUGGUGGAUGAGAUGCUUGAUAGGGGAUUUAUACCUGAUCUGCUUGCUACAUAUAAUAGGUUGGUUGAUGGAUAA